AUGCCACCGGGCUUGAGUGCAUCGGUGUCGCCGACGACGGAGCGCAAGACGUUUGGGUCUCACCCUCCGCCACCGACGCGUACCAUUGGCCUGGGUGACAGGCUUCCACCUCCGAGACGGAACGCGCCAUCUGGUUCGUCAAGCGAGGAAGAGGAAGAGGAGUUGAAGAAGGUCGAACUGCUCCCAGACGCGAGUCGAGCGUCGCGGCGGCCCCCGACCGUCGACUGCUUUAACUACUCCGAAUUCAAUAUCCACGUGCCGGCUUAUACGAGCUCUGUUGCGGUGUGUGGACGUACGGUAGCGGUUGCACAUACCCACCGUGUAAAGGUAUACAACCUAGCGGUGUCGGAGGCGCCGGUGAUUGACAUAGACACGAAUCAUAUCGGCCUGGAGAAGCUCAAUGGAUUCAAGGUUACUGCUAUGGAUUUCCGGACGGCCGAGCACGAAACGGAGCGCGGGGCGUACCUGUGGCUCGGCACGAAGGAUGGGAUGCUCGUCGAGCUCGACGUCCGCGCAGGGACGGUCACGGGGAUCAAGGCGACCGCGCACGCACAUACCGUGACGCACAUCCUGCGGCACGGGCGCGCCAUGGUGACGCUCGACGACACCGGAAAGGUCCUCGUGUUCUCGCCGGAUGUAGAGGGUGCAGAGCUGCAGCUGUCACUGGCGUCGCCGCGCGUGGUGCGCAUUGCGGAGAAGCAGGAGUUUGCGCGCAUACUCGGCGGGCAGCUGUGGACGUCCAUGCGUGACUCGGGUGGGGGCGCGAGUACGUCGCGCGGGCCGAUUGUGCGCGUGUACGAUGUGUUCUCGCCGGGGAGCACGGGACGCUCGCUGCUGCCGACGGAGCACCUUGGCGCGGUGACCGCAGGGACGGUGCUUCCCACGCAGCCGGGGCAUGUGUACCUCGCGCACGAGGGUGGGCACGUCAGCGUGUGGGCGCUGGAGACGCAUGACGGCGUGCCGCUGUGCGAGGAGGUCGUGAAGGUGUCGACGUCGGACGUGCUGAGCCUCGAGGGCGUGAGCGACCGGCUGUGGGCGGGCGGGCGGAGCGGCGCGGUGUCGGCGUACGAUGUGGUCCCGCGGCCGUGGCUUGUGACAAAUAGCUGGCAGGCACACACCAAGCUGCCUGCGCUGAAGAUCGCGGUAGACCCGUGGAGCAUCGAGAAGCUUGGCCGGCUGACGGUGUAUAGCAUUGGCCGUGACGAGCGGCUGCGUUUCUGGGACGGAUUGCUUGGCAUGGACUGGGUUGACCAUGCUCUUAUGAAACGCGAGAGCGAAUUCAGCUCGUUCCGGAACAUCAACGUGCUGGUCGUGUCGUGGAACCUGGAUUCUGCGAAGCCGGACGUGCUGACGGGCCCGGAGAACGCGAAUUUUUUGCAUGAGGCGCUGACAAGCGUGGCGGACCCGGACAUCAUCGCGUUCGGGUUCCAGGAGCUGAUCGACCUCGAGAGCCGCAAGAUGGCGGCGAAGACGGUGCUUCUGGGGGGCAAGAAGAAGAACGAGGACGGCGGGAUCAGCCAGAAGGUGUCAACGUCGUACAAGAAGUGGUACGAUCGGCUCGUGCUCGCUGUGAAGCAGGCAAUGCCACCAGACGUGCCAUACACGGUAAUCCAUACAGAGAACUUGGUUGGGCUAUUCAGCUGCAUCUUUGUGAAGAACACAGAGCGUAUCUCGCUCAAGCAGGUCGCGAUCACCACGAUCAAGCGCGGGAUGGGCGGCCGGUACGGGAACAAGGGCGGCAUUGUUGCGCGUUUCGUCAUUGACGACACGUCGAUAUGCUUUAUUAAUUGCCAUCUUGCAGCUGGUCAGCACCAUGUGCGGCAGCGGAAUGCGGACGUUGCGGCGAUGCUCGAGGAGAAGUCUGUGUUCCCAGAGUCGGAUGCCGUCGAGGAGCCAUUGGCGUACGUGAACGGUGGCGAUGGAUCGAUGGUCCUCGAUCACGAGAUGGUCUUUAUGAACGGAGACAUGAACUACCGGAUCGAUCAGCGACGCGAGGCCGUGGUUACAGCGGUCAAGGCAGGCGAGCUAGAGAGCCUGCUCGCGCACGACCAGCUGAACAAGGAGAUGAAGUUUAACCGCGCGUUCCGGUUACGCUCGUUCGCGGAGGGGCCGAUCACGUUCGCGCCGACGUACAAGUAUGACCGGCGCUCAAGCGAGUAUGAUACGUCGGAGAAGGCGCGGGUCCCGGCGUGGUGCGACCGGGUGCUGUGGCGCUCGCGCGAGCCGUCGCGCGUGGAACAGUUGCAUUACCAGCGGUACGAGGCGAACGUGUCGGACCACCGGCCGAUCUCUGCGGGCUUCAGGAUGACGGUCAAGGCGGUACAGCACGAAGCACGGGCACGGAUCCGGGCGGACGUGCAUGCAGCGUGGAAGGCGCACGAGCAGAAUUUGCUGCACGCUGCACAGACGUUCUACGUUGAGCAGGCGAUGGUGUAA